AUGGAAGCGAAAAAACUCUUGCACACUCCCCUUCUGGCUGCAACGCUGGUCAGCCUCCUGGUCAUCAUUUUCGCCGCAAACUCAGACGCCCAGGUCAAUUUCUCUACUGGCUGGUCCAAUGGAAAGCGAGCAAACAAUGGCAACAAUCCGGAAGCUGAACCGGAAUUCAGAUACAACCCGGGGAAAUCCGGGUUCGCCAAACGGAUCCCGAUCGGGCCGGACGAGUUGAUUGAGAGACUAGAGGCGUCUGUUGCUGGACCUGCUGCUCCGGAAUGUCGAGUCAUCUCACCGAUUGCUCUCAAUAACAUUUACCGCAUGCUUUUCGUAAGUGGACGAAUCCGAGGAUAA